CUCAGCUCCACCCAACCCUGCCCUACCCAACCCCCUUAAGGGAGAAGUCCAGCCAAGUGAUCAGAGAAGACCCUUAGCAUGAACUUGGCCUCCAGGAAUUGGCCGUUGGUGGGUGUUGUGGCAAUUCAUGGACAUCCAAUCAUACAAAAAGAAGAACUCCGUCCCCUCCUUGUCAUUCUGAAAAACUGAGAACCCUGGAGACCUAUCUUCAUCAUCACAGGAAGUGAGUACUUCCUACUCAUUCAGGAUUUUGAGCUUUGAAUUCAUAAAGACUCUAAAAUCUCCACAAACAAAGACUUCGUGGACAAAAUCCCUUGAAACCAGAAGCCUACCACCUUUAACAGCAAAGUAAACAUAGAAACCAUUUCCUUGACCCGUGGGAGAAGCCAGGAUGGAAAUCUCAACCACCCCAAAGGACUAUGAUACGACCACAGAAUAUGACUACGGGGACACAACUCCAUGCCAAAAGGGACAACUGAGGGCCUUCUUGGCCCAGCUGCUGCCCCCCUUGUACUCCCUGGUAUUUGUCAUUGGCCUGGUCGGCAACAUCCUGGUGGUCCUGGUCCUCAUGCAAUACAAGAGGCUCAGAAGCAUGACCAGCAUCUACCUCCUCAACCUGGCCGUUUCUGACCUGCUCUUCCUCUUCACGCUGCCCUUCUGGAUUGACUACCAGCUGAAGGAUAACUGGAUUUUCGGUGAUGGCAUGUGUAAAUUGCUCUCAGGACUUUAUUACAUAGGCUUGUACAGCGAGAUCUUCUUCAUCAUCCUGCUGACCAUCGAUAGGUACUUGGCCAUUGUCCAUGCUGUGUUUGCCCUGCGGGCCCGGACUGUCACCUUUGGUAUAAUCACCAGCAUCAUCACCUGGGUCCUGGCCAUCUUGGCUUCCAUCCCGGCCUUGUACUUUGCCAAGACCCAGUGGGAGUUGUCUCAUUACACCUGCAGUCUUCAUUUCCCUUAUGAGAGCCUAAAACAGUGGCAACAGUUCCAGGCUCUGAAGCUGAACAUCUUGGGGCUGGUUUUGCCUGUGUUAGUCAUGAUCGUCUGCUACACAGGGAUUGUAAAGAUUCUGCUCCGUCGGCCAAAUGAGAAGAAGGCCAAAGCCAUCCGUCUGAUUUUUGUCAUCAUGAUCAUCUUCUUCCUCUUUUGGACCCCCUACAAUCUGACUGUGUUUGUUUUUGCUUUCCAAGACGUCUUUUUCACCCAAGACUGUGAGCAGGGCAAACAGCUGGACCUGGCCAUACAAGUGACGGAGGUGAUCACCCACAUGCACUGCUGCAUCAACCCCGUGAUCUAUGUCUUUGUUGGUGAGAGGUUCCGAAAGUACCUGCGCCAGUUGUUCCACAGGUUUGUGGCCGUGCACCUGGCUAAGUGGCUCCCCUUCAUCUCCGUGGAGAGGCUGGACAGGGUCAGCUCCAUGUCCCCCUCCACAGGGGAGCAUGAACUCUCUGCUGGGUUCUGACUCAGCCCCCUGGAGGCCAAUCCAGGACCCAGCAACAGUGACCUGCCAGGCACACUGGCCAGAGAGGAGGCAGUUUGACUCUCCUGGCCAGAUUCUGACACCUGACACAGCACAGAAUUGCACCACUUGGGGCUGAGGAAGCUUAACGGUGCUCUAGACUAAAUCACCUCUGGGGCUUGAGUCCUCGCCAUGAACUUCUCCCUGCUGGAAAGGAAAUGAACGAGCAAAAUGGGACAUUCCAGAAGACAGGGACAAAGGGUGCCAGUGAAGGUCUUGGGCCCAAACAGGAUUCCAAAUUCGUGAAGAUUAACAUUUGUAAACAAAGCCACUGCAGCCUGCCCCCAACUCCCACCCUACCCUACCACCAGUGAACUUGGAAACAGUGACUUCCAUAGUUGACCCCACUCUGAGCCCAGAGCCCAUCAGGAGCCAGCAGCCACAUCCGCCCACCCUCCACCCCACCCCCACUGCUGGGUUCAGGCUCUCGGAAACCCUGAGGACAGAGAACUCGUGAUGGAACUCGAGACCUGAUGGGAAACAGGAUUGGGGAACUGUUGUUGGCAGUGGACCCAUGAAAGCCCUUAGAAAGAAUUUUUAUAUUUGCUGCAGUCCCACAGUUCAGGUGGUGGGCUAGACACAGACCUUAUGUCUAAUAUGUUGGUCUUCUUGAAAUAGCUGUAGAGAGCAGGGAGUCAUUAUUUCCAUUUGCCAUUCCUUUCUUUCUGAAUAUUUUUUUAGCAUCUCCCUUCCCUAUAACUCUGGUAAUGUGGCAGUAAAUCGGACAGCUUUAUUGCAGAGAUUACUAACAGGCAAAAGGAGAGAGAGUUGAUUUUCUUCCUCUGGUUCUCCAUCUAAGCCUUCUGGUUUUCUGGAUCAGAGUUCUGGCCGCCACAUUGGACCUAUCUGCAAAAAAAUGACCUGUUAUGCAAGCUCACGGUGUUUGAGGCUGGUAGGGAGGAGAAUGUCUACCAGGAGGGGUAGGGACUCUGUCUGGAUGUAGGAAGGUAAGAGAGCCCUUAACUCAAAGAAACUUAUUUACCCUAAAUGUCUUUAACACUUCAUCUCUCAUGAAGGACCUCGUAUUUAUUAUGUCUUUGUUCCCUUUUUCCUCAGACAUAUAUUUCUUUUAAAAUCAUUUUUCCAGUAACAAAAAUGGUUUCCAAAAAGGCUUAAAAACACAGAGGGGGAAAAAUAUAAAAGUCUUCUGUAAUCCCACUACCCGAAGACAGCUACUGUAUAUUUUUUGAUGUAUUUCAUUUUAGUUUGUUUUUUUCUGUGCAUAUUAUGAUUAUGACAAAGAUGGACUUCAACUGUAUUCACUGUUGUUGUUUUUAAGUAGCAGUAUGUUGAGAUCACUUUUCCAGGUCAAUAAAUCAUUUCAAAGCA